UGUCUGUUUUCAGCUGAUUGUGCACGUGGCGAGGGUCUGAACAUGGUCACAAAACAGUGUGUGAAGUGUCCCAUCAGACAGUACAAUAACAAGACUGGUGAAAAUAUCAACCUUUGCAAGAUUUGUCCAGCAGGAAAGACCAAUGCUAAAACUGGACAGCCAGAUUGUCCACUUACUGUGACAUCACCAUUUGAACGCAAGUUUGUAAACAUAAUGAUUAAGCUAAAGUACAAACUGGCAAUAGAUGAUUGCAACAUGUCUCCUGACAUAGUGGUCUCCUUCAGAACAGCUAUUGGGAAAGCACUGAGAGACUUGUUUUUAUUUAACAAGAACAACCGAUACAACGGAGAUUAUUCCUUCUGUCGCGGGGAUUGUGAGAAUAUCAUUGUGGACGAAGACCUGAAAUCUUGUUUCAAAGUCAGUUCUGUGAGAAGGAAGCGGGAGUUUGAUCAUGAGCUCUUGUUCACAGUCACAUUUAAUAACGUCAGUACCCAGAUACCUGACCCAAAAGAUGGCAAUGUGGAGUUGUUGACAAGUGAUGUUAUCGCUCAGAUAUUGUUGUUUAACCAAGGGUCACUGACCCCUGAGAGUCAAGCUCGUGUCAUGCAGUAUCAAUCCAACACUGGACUUACUGCAGUUGGAAUCUGUGGGGAUGGAACGUCUUGGGUAGACCCUCAGUGUGUGCUGUGUCAAGCUGGAUCUGCUGGCACAUCUGGUAAUUGCCUGCAGUGUGGCCCCGACACCUAUCAGGAUGCUGCUGGUCAGACGACAUGCAAACCAUGUCCUGAAAACACAUUCCAUAAUGUCAAUGGAGCAGCAAACAACAAGUCUUGUGAAGAUUUUUGCACCAAGAACCCGCUGUACUGCAACAAUGGUGGACGAUGUGUCACGACUGGUCGCAGAACAGCUAUGUGCAACUGUUAUGAUGACAAUGAAGGAGACAGAUGUCAGUCAAAGAAGGAGCCACAAUCAACUCUCCCUGUAAUCCUGGGAGCAGCCAUUGGAGGAGGUGGUGGUCUCUUGGUCCUCAUACUGGUCAUGGUAGGACUCUACAAGUGUCUCUCUACCAAGGGCCCCAGAAGUGAGAAGAGGUAUGCGCCAGAACAUAUGGACUAUGACAACUACGGUCCUGUGUUCUACGACAAUCCGGUAGGAAGCCUUGGUCGUAUCCCGGCCAUUGGGUAUCCCACUGCAGGGCACCAAAUUAAGGAAACCAGCUUUGACCAUGGUUCCCAGAAUGGUGCGUACCAGUGGAGCUCCCACGAAGGCCGCGCAGGCUGGGAUAUGUAUGAGGGACAAGGGCCCCAGACAAGAUGGGAAACAUAGUGCCAUUUAUUCAUGUUCAAAUAAGCGUUUCCAGAAGGGAAAUGCAGGACAAAACGUUGCUUAGAAAUUUGAAUCCAUUUAGGAGUAAAUGUGUUAAAUAUUACUAAAUAGAGAUGGAUUCAAUAAUUAUAUGCUUAUGUUUUAUACAUUUUAUUUGUAUCAAUUUUUUGUAAAUAAUACUUUUUAUUUGUAGAGCUUACUAACAUGGAAUGUCCUCGUAAAUACUUGUAAUUAAAAUCUUGACUUGAUCAAUGAAUUGAAAAGGAUUAAUAUAUUUAGCAAGGAUUUAAAUUAUUAUUCAACAACAAUAACACAGAAAUUGUCUUUAAACACUAAAAUGAUUGUUUUCAAAAUUAUAAUAUACAUAUUAAUGUCAUAUCAUACAGAAACUGUUCAGAUUUUUUUUCCAAUUUAUUUGUGAUUAAUCUAAUAAGCAUAUAAACUCACAGUACUUGUAUCAUGUAAUUUGUAUUGUUUGUUAUGAAUGGGACUUGAUGUUUGUAUGACGGCAAUAACAAUUGCUGUUCAACUCGUGUUGUAAUAAUUUUAUCCAGCAUUGUGUGUGUGUGUUCUGAAAACAUUUAUUAAUCAAACAUAUAUCUUCUGCUUAUCAUAUACAUUUAUAAUUAAAUUUUAACAAAAUGGGUA